AUUAGUGGUAACCAUAACGUUUCCCCAGUCCAAGCAAAGAUGGGAAAAGCACACUAAUCGUAAAGCUCUCCGAGAAAUAAAGGCAGACAAAAAUAAAAGUACUUAGUAGUACUGGAAGAAGACGAAAAAAGUAUAAGUAUAUCGACUAAGUAAGUACUUAUAUAGAAGAGCCGCCGUUUUGUCGGGAGUUUGCUGCGCGCGAUUAGUAUACUUAAUACAUAUACAUGUGUGCGUGCAGUUGUGCACUCAUAUUGCGGUGUGUGCGGCCGACGGCGUUCUGUGAUGCGGCUUGAAUGCGAUCGCGCGCUCGACGACGUACUCGAGGGAAGACAUGAUCGGCGACGAGGUAAUAAUAGUGGCUCGUCGCGGCUGAUUUCGUCGGCGCGUCCGCCAGCCGAACCUCGGCGUCAACGCUGAGAGGCUACUUCUUACUCCACUGCGAACACGACGUUCUUCUCGACUCGUAAACUGCCGCUACCGAGACGACGUCUUGGUUAAAUAUAUUGCGUUCUCUUUCUCGCGCCUUCUCCUCUGCAGCAGCUUACCGCACCAGCCUGUCGUAACAUGGCAUCCCACAAGACAGGUGGCCAGAGCGCCCGCAAAAAAGUCCAGGUCUCUAUGGUCAUAAGGGAUGAAAAGGAAAAGAAGCAUCGAGCUGGAGUUAAUUCCCUGCAGUUUGAUGCUGCGCUCCAUAGGCUAUAUUCUGCAGGACGAGACAGUAUCAUAAGGAUAUGGAAUUGCAAAAAUAUGAAGGAUCCUUACAUGGAUUCGAUGGAACAUCAUACAGACUGGGUGAAUGACAUUGUUUUAUGUUGUGGUGGCAAGAAUUUGAUAUCUGCCAGUUCGGAUACUACGGUCAAAGUAUGGAAUGCGCAUAAAGGCUUCUGUAUGUCAACGUUAAGGACACAUAAAGACUAUGUAAAAGCCCUAGCAUAUGCAAAAGACAGAGAACAAGUUGCAAGCGCAGGCUUGGACAAGGCCAUCUUUUUGUGGGAUGUUAAUACGCUGACAGCAUUAACAGCAAGCAAUAAUACAGUGACAACAUCUUCUCUCACUGGCAACAAGGAUUCUAUUUAUAGUUUGGCAAUGAACCCACCAGGAACAAUCAUUGUGAGUGGUAGUACAGAAAAAGUUCUUCGUAUAUGGGAUCCUAGAACUUGCAGCAAACUAAUGAAACUGAGAGGACAUCAAGAUAAUAUUAAAGCUUUAGUACUGAAUAGAGAUGGUAGUCAAUGUUUAUCUGCUAGUUCUGAUGGUACAAUCAAACUGUGGUCUCUAGGCCAACAGCAAUGUGUGCAGACCUAUAGAGUUCACACAGAAGGUGUAUGGGCACUUCUUGCAACUGAAAACUUUAGCCAUGUGAUUUCUGGAGGAAGGGACAAGCGAGUUGUUAUGACUGAAUUGAGAAAUCCUGAGAAAUUCACUGUGAUUUGUGAAGAAAAAGCUCCGAUUCUAAAAAUGGUCAUGACGCCUGACCAAACUUGCAUUUGGGUAGCUACUAGUGAUUCUACAAUAAAUAACUGGAAUAUAAGCCAAAAAGAUUGGCAAUGCGGUGAUUAUAAUGCUGACACAGUGAGUUUAACAGGACUGCUUACUCCUCGAAACACAGAGCCAGCACAAAAAAUAUUGGGUGGGCCAGCUAUUAGGCACUGUUAUGUGCUUAAUGAUAGAAGAUAUGUCCUUACAAAAGAUACCGAAGAAAAUGUAGCAUUAUACGAUGUACUAAAAGCUUGCAAAGUAGAAGACUUAGGUCGUGUUGAUUUUGAUCAAGAAGUGAAAAAAAGAAAUAAAAUGGUUUACGUUCCAAAUUGGUUCAACAUAGAUCUUAAAACUGGGAUGCUUACAAUACACUUGGGACAGGAUGAAAAUGAUUGUUUAUCAGCAUGGGUUUCUGCAAAAGAGACUGGAUUAGUAGAAGAUGAUAGCGUAGACCCAAAAGUAAAUUACGGAAAUUUACUCUUGCAAGCUCUUUUGGAGCACUGGUGGAGACCGCUUCAUGCUGAUGAUGAGAUAGAUAGUAAUAGUAAUGAUGGGAAUGGUCCGAGACAUACGCGAGGAGGCAACCCUUACUUUUCUGUGCCUGGACAUACGCCCGUUAUUUUUAGUGAAGUUGGAGGUCGCACUUUGUAUAGAUUAUUAGUUCGUGAUGCUGCAGGAGAAACAGAGGGUGUACUUUUAAAUGAGACUGUGCCAUCAUGGGUUAGAGAUAUUGUAGUGGAUAAAAACUUGCCCAAGUUCAUCAAAAUAACUUUUCAUCUUCUUCAACAUUCCAGUUCUGGUGCCAAAAAUUUGAAAAAAGAUCGUCUCGUUGCCAAUGAUUUCAUUCAAGUUCGAAAAGUCGUAGAACAUGUCUAUGACAAAGUUUUGGGCGCAGGAAGUGAUUCAGGUUCGGUUGCUGGUGGUGGAAAUACUGUAUCUGGUGGUUCGCCAGCUGGUGAUCGAGCAAAUACCGAUUCUAAUGCUGAUAAUUCAUCAUUAGCAGAAGAAAAAGUAGAAUUACUUUGUAAUGAUCAAGUAUUGGAUCCUUCUAUGGACUUGCGAACAGUACGACAUUUCAUAUGGAAAAGCUCUGCUGAUUUAACUCUACAUUAUCGACCUGUUAAAUAGUCAGAAUGGAGGAUAAAGGAAUACGUUCCUCUACAUUACUCUUGGCUCUGUUGGUGGCCACGGCAAAAUAGAAAAUUCAACUAUGAUAAGCAAAAAGAAUGAAUCGACUUCAAAACUGCUUAUCUGUGAAUAAUAAUUGCCAAAAAGCUACAAAUUUUGUUAUUAGGAAGACAGAAAGGUGAGAACAUUACAUUGGGGUGUAAAAUCGUAUUAAAAAUUACAAGAAUUUACUUGAACAGAAAUUCAAAACUUGUAUCUCAUAGCAUUGCAUGUCAAUAUUAAUAGUAUCAAGAAAACAUGCUGAUUAAUUCUUGAUACAAGCCUAAUUUUUCACUGAAAAUACAGUUGAUUGAUUUCUUUGACAAUUGAUUCUUUUCGAAUGUAAAUAGUGAGUUAUUUGUUGUUUGUUGCCAUUGUCCAUUGAUCGUCUUCCAAAGUGAGUGAAGAUAUUAUAAGCACAAAUAUAAGAGAAUUGGUAACUGAAGAGAGUGCGCAUAAAAUGAUUCAAAAAAUAUUAAGACAUUGAAAAUUUCGAUUUGAUUUUGAUGUGCAAAUCUUGAUUACAGAUUAUUUAUAACAGUUCAUCAAGUGCAAGAGGUACCUAUUAAGUCAAAGCCUGUAAACUUACAAAUUUCACGUUUGCCUUUUCUUGCCAACUAAAAACUAUAAAAAGGUUAAUUGUUAAAAACAUGAAGAAAUGUCAAUUUUGUCAUCAAUCAAAUCAAUUUUUGCCUCAACUGUCUCAUCCAAAAUAAAGUCAAACUAUCAUUAGAAUAAAAAUUAUAUCGUUUGAAUACUAAGUAAAACUGAGUGGCGCAAAGCAAAAAUAUAUUAAAAUAAUCUUACUCAUUAGAAUGUGUAACAUGUAAAUAACAAAAUGUUUAUUGCUUUGACAAAUUAAAAAACCAAACUUAUUUAAAGCCUUUGCUAUUUAAAGAAAAUGUUUGCUAAAGUUUAUUGAUUAUUUUAGCCAAUCCUUAUUGUUUCAAUAUACCGAAUAUAGCUUUUACCAGUUCUCAAAUGUAUCAAUAAAGAUGAAAAAAAACGUCAUUGCGAAAAGUAAUAAUAAUAUUUAUUGUUAGUUAGUUAAGUUUGACUUCUAGCAUUGUAUAUCACAGUUAUAAAUAUGAACAUUUGUUGCAAAAAACCUGAUGAACAACAGAAAUACUUUGUGCUCGUAAUGUGUGUAACUAUCAUAAGCAUUAUUUUGUUCACCUCUUCAAUAUAAUGUUGUACGAGUUAAUAAUGUGCCUAAUUGAUAGAGUUAAUUAUUACUUUUCUCAUAUUUAUGAAUAAUUUUGGAAUACCUCUAUAUGUAUAUCAUCUUACUUUAUAACAAUUUAUACACAUAAUACAAUUUAAUGAUGACUAGACAUUAAUAUCAACUUAUAAAUACUUUUUGAGAACUAUAAUUGUAUCGUUGAUUGCUUUAUUAGAAUGUGAAUUAAAUUUAGAAAAUCUGUGAAUGUUUUGUAUAAAUUAGAAGCCAGUGCCAAAUUUAAAAUCAAUACUAUUUGUACUUGCACUUUGGACAAAAAAUCCACUUUGUAUGUGAUGCACUAUUACAAACAAGUCUGUAUUGAUUUUGCUAACAAAACGUAGAGCAAAAAAAAAAUACAUUUUUUGCAUCCAAAACGUGAAUUUAAAAAACAUCCUACUUUUAACUUAGAAAAAUUCUUUAAAGACGUUUUACUUAAUAAAAUAUUUUGUAUGAAAAAAUUGAAAACAAAAAAAAAAUUAAUCUAGUUUAUAAUAUUAAAAAAAAAAAUGGAUUUAUGAAAGCUUAAAAGAGGUGUCUUUUAUUUUUACUUGAUGCAUGAGAUGUUUUUGAACUGUAGAAUGAAUGGAUGGACGGACCUUUUUUAAAUUGUUCAAAAAGUCAUUACUCAUUAUUACUCAUCGCUGUAUAUGUACACUGUCAUUAUAUCAUUGGGAUAUGUACAUUAUUAUUAAAAUUAAACAACAAUCAUUUAAAUAAAUACAAA